GCUCGAAGCAGCAGCAGCAGUCGGCCAGGCUAUGACUCGACUGGCGGUGGCCAGUCUUGGGAUGGAAACGCAGCGAACCGGGAGAGCCCUACUCCGUACGCCGCCGCCUCGAGGUGUUAUUUGGUACAUGCUUCAAAGGUCCGCAACUGCAGAUCUCAGCCUCGUCUGCGUCUUGGGCAUCGUCAUCUCCUUCUUAGGCUCUGCCCUUUUUCUAAGCACCUCAAUCUUUCGACUGUGGGAUCGUCGUUCUUCUUUUUCUUUCCCGUACACAUGGUCUCAGCGUUCGGCGAUUCUUUUCACUUCUCUGCCUUCCAUUUAUGGGCACCUGGCCGUCCCCUUGAAUCUGUAUAAGGUGAACUGUUGGACGGUGGUCGGCGUGUGCCUGGUCGCCGGGUCCGACGUACCACUCGCUCAUCUAGAUCUGAGCUCUAGCUGGUACCCUUGUACCUUUCGGCCACAUUCAAUAUCGCGGCCUUUUUACUUUCGGGCUCUCAACCCAACUGGACAUCACCGGGGUUUCUCUACCGGUACCAUCAUGUCACAAGACUCAGAUGGCGGCAUGAUCCGCAUGCACCAGUACCUGCUCGGGCGCGACGACGACAACUUUGUUUGGGAUGAUGCCACCCGGGAGCGAGACGGAGACUGGACAGAUCCCGUUCGCGAGGCUGGGCUCGAUGAGAGGAAGCACAAGGUGUUCCAUCAUUCGAACAAGGAAUACCUCAACCCGCCGACACCCUUUGUCCAGAAAGACCAGCUUGGCCAGUCUGGAUCAACGAUAGUGUACAAGGUGUUGUCCCCAGUAGGACACACCUACUCCAGGCCACUGGCGCUCAAGAUCAUCCAGUGCAAGGACAAGCAUGGUCCCCCGGGGCCGGAGAGCAAUGUGCGGAAGCUCGCGUUGGAAGAGGUCCGAAACAUGACGACCAUUCGGCAUCCGCACAUCGUCGUCUAUGUGGCGUCGUUCGAGGACUACUGCAUCAAGACCAAGAAGAUCCGCCAACGGCGUGGGAAGGCCCUGGCUGUAUAUCACCCCCGCGAGCAGAUCAAAGCUCACAUCCUGGGCAUCGCCAUGUAUCCGCCUGCCCAAUGCAACUUGCAAGUGUUCAUGAUCGAGGCGAACAGAACUAGCCUUCCCGACGAGGCCUGGAUGCUGGAAUUUAUGCACACGUACUUCGGAUGCCUUGCGCAGGCCGUUGCGUAUCUGCAUAAAUCGGGCGUGCAGAUUCGCCACAAAGACAUAAAGCCUGAGAACGUGGUGAUAGACGAGUUUGGCCUUCCAGUGUUGACCGAUUUCGGGCUUGCGAAACACUUCGAGACGGGCCAGCCCUCAAAUGGCCCAACGGACAAGACGCUCAAAUAUGCCGACCCAGACUCCAUCGAAGAGACCGAGCGCGACGAACGCUCUGAUAUCUUUUCACUCGGCUGCGUAUACUUGGAGAUAGCGACAGUCAUCUUAGGGAAGCCGGCCAUGUUUGCGGAGGACCAGCUCGUUGACGACACAGCCGCCAGUGGUAGUAGGGACAGCGGCGAAGGGAGAGAAUUCAAGUACAGCGAGUCGUUGGACCGACUGGAUGAGUACCUUGCGACGCUCUCGCGAAGUGCUAGGGACGAGUUGUUAGCAGUGAAGCCGGGCCGUGAAGCAUCAGUUAACGCUGUCCUGAAGGUGCUUCCACACAUUCGCGGGAUGAUGCAGAAGGACUACCAUGAGCGACCCUACGCCCACCAGCUUUACCCGCGGUUUCGUUCGCUAUACAACAUCUACGACCUUCCCGGGCCUUGCGUGAGCUGUGAAGAGGAGAGACGAACCGGUAUUCGCUCUUGGCCAAGGGCCGCAAGCCCGACCGUUUUUCGAAGCUCGACAAUGAAUUCCGCCAUGUUCCAGCUUGUAAGGAGAACAUCCAUGCCGUCCAGCCCGGUGACGUCUAGCCCGAUAUCGCAAUCGCCGACCGAUAUAGAAGCAGACGAGCGAUGAACAAAGUCGAUAGGAGAAAAAGGUGUGGCGAUUUAGAUUUUGUGUAGUAUAGUGGGUAAAUAGCCUCCCGUCGCUUCGUUUUUCCCGCUGAAAAAUACC